CGUAAAUUUCUGGACGACAUGUAAAGUUGAAGCGCGGCAAACUGCAUGGAUAUAAUAUAUCUUCAGGUCUUUGAAAAAUGUCUGAAAUUAAAAAGUUGAGGUUUGUGAUUUGGGUUUGUAUGGUAUGUAGCACAUCUGAAGUGGAAAUCAACUACGUAAAAGUACCGAACGCAGUAAAAAACGACACGAAUAGACCGGUCAUUCUCGAUUGCAAUUACUCAAUCAGACCGGACGACACUGACCUUGUGGUUCAGUGGUUUUUAAAUGAAGAAUUGGUUUACCAGUGGAUUCCGCCCAACAAACCGCAAUCUAUCGGAAUGUUAAAGAAUGCCGUGGAUCUCAAUUAUACAGCCACCGACGAUCCGACCACCGUAUACAGAGCGGUCAAAAUCUUAAAUCCAACCACACAAUUAGCUGGCGAAUACAGAUGUUUAGUGUCAACAUUGGGAGACCAUGAUUCGCGCAUGAAGAAUAUGAUAGUGUUCGAGCCAGAAAAGCAAAUAUUUAUAAGUAAAGCAAGCGAUGAAAAAUUCGUUAAUUUCACCUGUACAGUUUCGGACGUGUAUCCGGCACCUAAAAUGGUGCUUUUUAAGGAUGUGCAAAAUGAUAUUCAUUCAAGGAUGCGCCUUUCUAUAAUAGAAUGGGACUUAAAAAAGAAUCCAAUCACUGAAAGGUACAGUAUGUCAAUAGUGGGAACUCAUAAACUAAAUGAGCUAGAUCCUGGCACCCUAAUCCAUUGCGAACUCAAAAUUCCAGGCACUGGAUAUGUAAAGUUGAAGAGUUUGUUGUACUAUCCAGAAUAUAACUCCGAAAAUGGUUCUGGUAGAAACUGCGGAGUGAUCGAGGUAUUAGUAACACUCGCCUUAAAUAUGUUGGUAUAUGAUUUUAUUUAUUUAAAACAUUUGCAAUGUAGUCAUGUAUGAAUUAAAGAGAUAAAUAAAUAGUAAUAGUAAAA